CCCCCCCCCUCCCCGCUCCGAGUGUGCUGUUCGCGCUCUCGCAUCCCGAUUCUUCCCUCCUCCCCUCUCUCCCGUCACGAUGUCUGCCGGCUGCAUUUUCUGUCGCAUCAUUCGCGGUGAGCUUCCCUCCCACCGCAUUCUGGAGACCAGCCGCGUUUUCGCCUUCCUCGACAUUAACCCCCUGUCCAAGGGCCAUGCUCUCGUCAUCCCCAAGUCCCACGCCACCUUCAUGCAUGAGGUGCCCGAUGAGGAGCUGGCUGAGCUGCUCCCGGCGGCCAAGCGCAUCGUCCAUGCGCUGAACCUCCACCAGACCCCGAACGUCGGUGGCGAGAUCCCGGACAAGCCGCUGGUCAGCUACAACAUCCUGCAGAACAACGGCCGCAUGGCCCACCAGGCCGUGGACCAUGUGCACUUCCAUAUUAUCCCCCGUCCGGACACCAACACCGGUCUGCAGCUGGAGUGGAAUGUCAAGCCGCUGGAGGGCGAGGAGCUGAAGCAGCUGGCCGAGAAGAUUCGCGCCACCCUGGAGGCUGAGGCUAACCUCUGAGCGGAAUCGAGUGCUCCGGGCCCGGGCCCUGCCUGCCUGUCAAUGGUCUGCCCCCGGCUGUGCCCCCCAUGUGCCAUUUGCCGGAUGUGAUAAUACACACCUUGCUGCUGAGGUCAUA